UCAGCCGCGCUCUUCGGCCGCGAGUCCGCUCGUGUCUGCUACUCAGUUGGCAGAAGGGCCGCGAGCGGGCGGCUAUCGCCGAUACGCGCGCACGCACACUCGCAUUCCUGCGCGCUGUACCACGGCACGGGCUACCACGAUCAAGUGUGAACUGGUCGGGAGCCAGCAGGAGGCUGCCCGCGACCGAGCGAGCGGCCGAGGAGAGAAGACGAAUGUCCGCACCUGCGUGCGACAUGUCCUGAGCGGCGCGUGUAGGCAGCUCGGCAGUCGAGUCAAGGCGAGCCAGUCUCUCGCCCCUCCCUAACCUAUAUCACAUCGCCGACGACCAGCAGCAGCAGCAGCAGCAGCAACACAAGCAGUGCGAGCGACGGCGUGAAAGUGUGCUCGCGAAAAGUCGCCGAGUGUGUAUUAUGUAACGCGAGUGCGCGUGAGCGUAGGCAAAAUCGUCGCGGUGGUGAUCGUCGUCGGCGACGACGACGAACAGCUAUCGCGCGUGUCCGCUAGCGAGCAGCAGCAGCAGUAGCCGUCACCGUCGCCGCCGCCACCACGGAGUUCCUGAGGCGCUCGUUCCGGCGCUCGGGCCGCAUCGGGCCGCACGGCCAGCGCCGGGCCGCUACCAUGUAUGUCGUCGACGGCGGCAAGCAACAGCACGCUCAGCCGCAACAGCCGUCGACGCCGGCCGGACCCCCGGGCGCUGGCCCCACCAGGCGGCGACGAAUCGAGCCUGCCCAUCACCACAAACCUGGCGCCGGCCCUGACUCGCCCGGCUCCGAGAGGAGCGUCGCAGCCACAGUCAAGAACACCGUGCGCAAACUGCUCCGCAGAACCAAGAGCCAUCGCGAGCAGCCAGUCAAUAUUAAUGGUAUCGCUAAGCCGUCGUCGUCGCCACCGGCGCAGCAACAGCAGCAGCAACCGCAGCAGCAACAGCAGCAGCAGCAGCAGCAACAGCAGCAACAGCAACAGCAGUAUCAGCAUCAGCAGGCAUGGCCGAAGCAGCACCAGAAGCUCGUGAGGAUAGUACCGAAGGACAAGCCCGUGAAGCCGCCGUCGCCGCAGCAGCAGCUACCGAGGCCGCGUGCCGCCAGCAUGCGGGAGCAACGGCGGCACCAUCACCAUUACAGUCAGCAGUCGCGACUGCCGCGUCAGGCGACCGAUGGCGGGGGCGUCUCGAGGGAUGGUGUUGCCGGAUCUGGCGGGCCUGUCGCGACAUCCGGAGCCGCGACGGGCGGCGGCGUCGCCAGCGGGACCGGCUUGGCGCCCGGACCGGCGGCGCCCGGCGCUGCCAGGCUCUCCUCCAGGAGCCGCGCCGCCGAGGAGCCGCACAUCGGCAAGUACAAGCUGCUCAAAACCAUCGGCAAGGGCAACUUCGCCAAGGUCAAGCUGGCCAAGCAUGUGCCCACGGGCAAGGAGGUGGCCAUCAAGAUCAUCGACAAGACCCAACUAAAUCCGGGCAGCUUACAAAAGCUCUUUCGCGAGGUCAGGAUAAUGAAGAUGCUGGACCAUCCGAACAUCGUCAAGCUCUUUCAGGUGAUCGAAACGGAGAAGACGCUGUACCUGGUGAUGGAGUACGCGAGCGGCGGCGAGGUCUUUGACUACCUGGUUUUGCACGGCCGCAUGAAGGAAAAGGAGGCGCGGGCCAAGUUCCGACAGAUCGUCUCGGCGGUACAAUACUGCCAUCAGAAAAAGAUCAUCCACAGAGACCUCAAGGCCGAGAACCUGCUGCUCGACUCUGAGAUGAACAUCAAGAUCGCCGACUUUGGCUUCAGCAACGAGUUUACGCCUGGCAACAAACUCGACACCUUCUGUGGCUCACCGCCGUACGCCGCACCUGAGCUCUUCCAAGGCAAAAAAUACGAUGGCCCGGAAGUGGACGUGUGGUCGUUGGGCGUGAUACUGUACACGCUGGUCUCGGGUUCGCUGCCCUUCGAUGGCUCGACGCUGAGAGAACUGCGUGAGCGGGUGCUCAGGGGCAAGUACAGGAUCCCCUUCUACAUGUCCACCGAUUGUGAGAACCUGCUGAAAAAGUUUCUGGUGCUCAACCCUACAAAACGGGCUUCGCUCGAGAAUAUCAUGAAGGAUAAGUGGAUGAACAUGGGCUACGAAGACGACGAGCUCAAACCGUACUUAGAACCAGAGCCAGACUACAAAGAUCACAAGAGGAUAGGUGAGUCUGCCAAAGCACUUGCGAGUAUGGGCUACACGCGAAGUGAGAUAGAAGACUCCCUGUCGCAAGCGAAAUACGACGAUGUGUUCGCCACGUACUUGCUACUCGGCAGAAAGACUACAGACCCGGAGAGCGAUGGCUCGAGGUCCGGCAGUUCGCUUUCGCUGCGCAACAUCCCUCCGCAAGUAAGCUCGGCCGGAGGUGGCGCAAGUGUCGGAGGCCAGGGCGGCGCCGUCCAGAGCCCGUCACACCGGAGCGUCCAUCGCAGCAUCUCGGCGAGCAACCCCAAGCCCAGCAGGCGAGCCUCAUCGGGCGGCGAGACGCUCCGGGGAGCCCCAAGUCCAGGUAAUACAACGAACCACAAUCACGCUACUACGGUGACCGGUGGCACGGUGAGCGCUAGUGGCGGUAGCAAUUUCAAACGACAGAAUACCGUGGACGCAGCGACAAUUAAAGAAAACACAGCUCGAGCUGCUCGUGAAUCCGCUCGACCUUCCGCGCCCAAAAAUAGCCCUGGACAGCUUGACACUACCCUGUCUUCGAUAAAGAGGUUUUUGAAACUGACGAUGUUCAUUCUAGGUGUCGGCACGAGUCCCGGCGGCAAGACCCGAGUCGGCAAGAGCAACGCCAUGAACACCGGUGGAAUGCCGGGCAUCCGGCAGAAUAUGGCCCCGACGCCCGGCUCCAUUGGCCGGCGCAGUACGAUCUCGUACGACCAGGCUAAGACCGCCUCCUCGUCCACCGAGAGAACGAACGACGUGCCAAGUAGGCCGGGCGCACGGCCGGGCCACACCAAGUCGGCGAGCAUCAGCGCGAGCCAGCGCUCAGCCCAGUCCAGCCAAGACCACGCGCUUCUGGAUCAUCCUCAGCCGCGCAACUCCCUACUCGUCACUGCUGACCCUCUCAGGCAGAGCUUGGGUGUCACUCCAAGCAAUAGAUUGGCAGCGCCUACGACGCCAGCAUUUCCAAGGAACGUGCCGAGCCGCAGUACCUUCCACUCGGGUCAGAAUCGAGCGCAGAGGAAUCAUACUCAGGGUCACACACACACGCAGGACACGAACGCCAUUAGCCCGCUAGCUAGGCCGUCUUUCUUCUCCAAGCUCUCCUCGAGGUUUUCCAAGCGCCCCAUGGACCCAUCCGUAUCCCCAAAGCACCCAGUAGUGAGCGGCGCGACCACGAACGACGAGCAGGUGAAGCCCCGCAGCCUGCGCUUCACUUGGAGCAUGAAGACCACCAGCAGCAGGGACCCGCUGGAGAUCAUGUCGGAGAUCCGUAAGGUGCUGGACGCGAACGAGUGCCAGUACGAGCAGCCGGAGCGCUUUCUGCUGCUAUGUGCCCACGGCGACCCGGCCACCGACAGCCAGGUACAGUGGGAGAUCGAGGUAUGCAAGCUGCCGCGGUUGUCGCUCAACGGCGUGCGCUUCAAGCGCAUCAGUGGCACCUCCAUCGGCUUCAAAAACAUCGCCAGCAAGAUCGCCAACGAGCUCAAGCUGUGACUGCCGGCGGCCGCGCCCGCCGCCCUGCCAGCCCCAUAACCCGGCCCCUCGGCGAGCGGCGGCCAGCCCUCUGUCGAUCACGCACAAGCCGCCCACUACUCUUACCUGAUCUGGAACGACACGGACGACGACGCCGACGCCGACGCCGACGCCGACGCCGACGCCGACGCCGAUGUCAGCGACGACCAGGACUACUAUGACGACGACGAGAUCCCCGACCGCGACGACGACCAGGAGAUUUUCGUGUGAUACCUCUUGAGAAUACUCCCGAGUGCCAAACGGAGCGAUGCAAAGUGUGCUUCCUGCGCGAAUCCGCCGGACACCGUGCGCUCGCUCCUCGAACUCUCGCGUUCCACUCGCUGUUUGAUUCAUCCCCGUUUGCUUCUUUUCCUUUCUCUUUCUCCCCCCCCCCCCUCUCACGAGUGAAUCUUCGCUUCGACUGCUCUCAUGUCAACGUGUCAAUUAAUCAAUGAGACCUUCCGCAAGCGCCGCAAUUGUUGUUAGAAGCAGUAUUAUUUUCACUUAGCACAACGUCGAGCGAGGCUCUCGGCGUCGCGCUGGCCCUUUCUAAAACACUGUACAUUGCAAAAACGCCGCCGAGUCCUGCUGACGGCGCCGCGCCUGGAGUCUCCGCUCCUACCCUCUUAGCUUUCAUCUUGACACGCUGACGCUCACCCACGAGUCUGAUAUUUGCCGGCGGUAUGACUGCGCUCUCCACGUGAAAUCCUUCGAGUGUUUGAUGGCCGCUCAACUUUCUGAAGAUCCUAGAUGACCAAACUAACCGAGCCGCGAGCUUGGCUAUUCACACCGCGACCGGAAAACUCCUUGCGGUGUUUCGCUGCCGCUGCCGCCGACGCCGCUGCUGCUGCUGAUCGACAGUCGUCGAAUCAGGGCUGCGGGUGAUGUUCGACUUUUCGCUGCGAGUGCGAAUAAGAGUGCGCGCACAUCAAAAUUAAUCGAGGAUACCAACGAUCGGCAAUAGUUUUGGACGACAUGAUCAAACCACGAAUUUUUUUUAUAAAAAUCUUUACAACUCGUAUGACUUAUUGUACACGCAGGCACCAUUCGCAUUCAAGUGAUAUCUUCAAUUGGCCGCAAGUGUCGAUUCGACGACUAUUCGUGGUCGCUACAGCAGGGCUCACGAAUCCAACAACAAUCAAUUUUUUCAUCAUUUAUAUGAUGAUUUACUUUUCUAUGUACGCUAAAAGUUUGCAGUUACACAACAUUAUGAACACACUAGACAAUUUAUUGAUUAUAAUAGUUAUUAUUAUUAUUAUUAUUGCAUUAUUACUAGUACUACUACUUCUACUGCUACUACUACUACACUACUACUACUACUA